AUGAAUUUGAUGGAGUUUAACGAGUCCUUAUUUACUUUGUAUGUAGGCAUCACAACAUUAGUGGGAGGGGGAACCAGACCGACUGCUGGAACACGCGCCACAACUUGUACACCAGCACCAUCUCAGAUGAAACUAAUGCUGCAAUCAACUGAUGACCUGCCUCUAAACUUUGGUUUCACUGGCAAAGGGAGUAGUUCCAAGCCUGAUGAACUGCAUGAAAUAAUCAAGGCUGGAGCAAUGGGGCUGAAGCUGCAUGAGGACUGGGGAAGUGCUUCCGCAGCAAUAGACAGUGCAGGUGGUGGUCAUGCUCCAGAUAUAAUCAAAGUAUGUGGUAUGAAAAAUGUCCUGCCCUCAUCAACAAACCCAACGCGCCCUUUAACUGUCAAUACUAUAGAUGAGCAUCUUGACAUGCUGAUGGUCUGCCAUCAUCUGAAUAGGGAAAUUCCAGAAGACUUAGCUUUUGCAUGUUCAAGGAUAAGAGAGGGAACAAUUGCUGCUGAAGAUACUUUGCAUGAUAUUGGGGCAAUUAGCAUUAUAUCUUCUGAUUCACAGGCUAUGGGUCGAGUUGGAGAGAGGGUGGAAGCAGUAGGCAAUGUGAGGAAGCUCACCAAACUAGACAUGAAACUUAAUGACUCUCUUCCACAAAUCACUGCCGACCCAGAAAAGUACACUGUUACAGCAGAUGGUGAGAACCUCACCAGCUUUGCAACCACCUAUGCUCCCCUUUCUCGAAAUUACUUCCUUUUUUAA